GACGACUGGACGCUACACGCGCGAGCGUUUGAUAUAAUCCGUGCGCACGACUAGGCAUUUUCUGUAUUCACUAAUCACAGCCCUGGUGCCAUGACGGACAUUACGUGCCUGGUGGAAGUGUUGCCGGCAGGAGUAAGACGAAAGUGCCAGCUCUUCAUGCCGUGUCUCAUAGGUCUUAAGAGUGCUAUUGCCUCGUGCAGUGUUCUGGGCGCAUACGUGAACGUGGAGAGGGACAGAUAUCAGAUAUUUGACCAAGAUUUUGGCGAAUACACAGAACUCUCACAAACUGACACAAUCGGACAUAUGUCACGCAUAAGAAUAAUUAAGGACACGCCAAGGACUGAAGCUUGUACGCCAUGUGCAAAUGAGACGCCAGUCGUUUCAGCUCCACGGACGCAAGACAACGAAAUGGAGGAAGAGUGCCAACUACAAAUAGACCAAGAGAAUGGAAUGGCACUUGUGGAAGGCACAGAAAGCAUCAAUUGCCCAUUCUACAUCGAACAGGGUACUACAGCAGACGACGACGGUAACGCAUACUGCCUUCCACAGUUUGGCGUGUUGGACUUAGCAAUCAGAAAUGGGGAAGCCCUGAAGUCAUCUGUUCACAGCAAAAUUAUUGAUAUUGUAUAUCAGUCUAUGGUCAACUACACCAUCUACCCUUCCAAGAAAUUCUACUUCAAGGUUGUCAACUUUCUGUUAUUGCAAUAUCCGUCCCUCGCUGAUGCAACUGGAACAGGCUAUGAUUCGUGGAUUGUGGCUUUGAGAAAUAAAUUCAAGAACGAACGGCGCAAAAUAUUAUCGGAUAGAAGAGUCAAUGAGGCCAGGGAGCAAUUCGCUCAAUCAAGAAAGAGGGCAAGCAAUGAGAAAGACACCUCUGUGGAAGAGCUUCAAAGAAAAACACUGAAGAGAACACCUCACACUGAUGCCUGCGCACCUAGCGGGGAGGAUGAGGCCAGCAUCACAGCCCAUGAGCAAUGGCUGAUCAGGGAAGCAAAAAAUCCAGACCCUGACGAGACACAAAUAAAGGAACGAAUGGACGCCACUUACAGCCUGCGAGCAGCAACACUGGCAGUGUGUUCAAUUGCAACUGUGAAAGAAAAGUACCCAUACUUGCUGGAUUGUGCAAGGUUCUGCCAGGAGUACAAGAGAAUGUGUGGCAAAAACCCUUUACAAGAAACAACAUGUGGCAUCCAAAAGGUCAUUGAUCUUGCUAAGGCACGCACAGUAAAGUGUAGCAGUGGAGUCCUCCAGAGGAUACAAGAAGUACCAUACCUCGUUGCAGGGGACACUCGCGAAAAACAUGUCUUGGCUGCCUGUGCCCUGGAAGUCAUUGCAAGAAACGUAAGAGAGCCCAUGGCGUGUGAGACACUCUUUGUGAAAGAAGAUAGCUGGUCACACCCAAUCACUGCCAGUGGGUCGAGACAAACAAACAAGGUCCUGAAAGAAGUAGGAGAUGGUCCCCACCCGGGCGACAACGAGAAACAGCUGGAUUUCUGUAACUGGAUCCUAUGUCAGACCGAGGAAAGCAGAAACUUUGUGAACGGGGUCAUUUUGACUGAUGAUGAUGAUGAUGAUGAUUAG